UAUUAGAAGAAGAAGAACCCUCUCCACAUUUCUCAAAGAAACCCAUUUUCUCAUAUAAAAAGUUAAAAGCCUCAGCCUUUUCAGAUUCAGAACGGCAGAAUCAGAGAGGAGACAUUAAACUCUCUCCCUCCUGCACAUGUGAUCUCUCUCUUCUUUUCUCUCUCCAACCCAGGAAAAAUCUCCUUCCUUUGAAUCCUCUUUCUCAUCAAAUUCAACUCUUUUCUCUCUCCAAACCAGGAAAAAUCUCCUUCCUUUGAAUCCUCUCUCUCAUUAAAUUCAACUCUCUUGUUUCCAUAUAGCCCCUUCGAAUGGGUUCAAGACUACCGCUUAUCUUUGCCAUUAUUUUCUCUCCUAUGAGCAUGGCACUUGAAGAAGCCGACGCUGAAGUGUUUGAGGGCGUGAAUUCGAAGAAUUUCUUAGGCAACGAGUCAUUUUACAGCUUAGAUAGACUCGGCACGACCUGCAAUUUAUUUGCCGGGAGUUGGGUCCUAGAUGAAUCUUAUCCUUUCUAUGAUUCUUCCAGUUGCUCCUUCAUCGACCUAGAAUUCGACUGUUUAAAGCAUGGUAGGCCUGAUAAGCUCUACCUCAAGUAUAGAUGGCAACCAAAUGGGUGCAAUUUACCCAGGUUCAAUGCUCUGUACUUUUUGCUGAAGAUGAAGGGGAAAGAAAUCAUGUUUGUUGGGGACUCUUUGGGUCUUAAUCAAUGGCAAUCUCUGAUAUGCAUGGUUCAAGCAGGGGCGCCAAGGGUGCGAACCAGCUUGGUUAUGAGCGACCCACUUUCCUCUUUCAUUUUCUUGGGCUACGGAGUAAAAGUCUCGUACUUCCGUGCUCCGUACCUGGUGGACAUAGUGGGCGAGCCUGGAGGUCGAGCAUUGAGACUCGACUCGAUCCAAAAUGGGAAGGCGUGGGCUGGGGCUGAUAUUUUGGUUUUCAAUUCUGGCCAUUGGUGGACUCACUAUGGAAAAUCCUCAGGGUGGGAUUACAUUAGAGUGGGGAACAAAGUAUACAAAGACAUGGAUCGCACCACAGCUUUUUAUCAAGGCAUGAAGACUUGGGCUAAUUGGGUGGACUCCAACGUUAUGCCCAUGAGAACCAAAGUCUACUUUCAAGGAAUAUCUCCUACACAUUACAGUGCAAACGAAUGGCAUGAUGGCCGGUACAAAGAUUGCUACGGGCAAACACAGCCAUUAUCGGGUUCGACAUACCCAGGGAGCUUGCCAGACCAGCUCGGUGUGAUCAAGAAUGUGAUCAAGAGCAUGACAAAACCAGCAUACCUCCUCGACAUAACCACACUCUCACAGUUGAGGAAGGACGCACACCCUUCUAUCUACGGCUUAAUGAGUGCCCGAGAUUGUAGCCACUGGUGCCUUCCCGGCCUGCCGGAUACAUGGAACCAACUCCUUUACACCGCCUUAUAUUUCUGAGAUGAGAUUAUCAAGCAUGCAUGCAUCAACCAAAUACCCCCUUUUUUUUUUUUGGGUAAGUGAAAGGGCAACUCCUUUGUGUCCCCUUUUUUUUUUAUUGGAAGAUUGGUAGGAACGAUGGGGAUUUGCCAAAUUAUUAAAAAGAGAUGGAUGUAAUUUAUGGUUAAUUGCAAAAUUUCUAAUAAAAGUUCUCCAAAGUGAAUUUCCUC